AGGUAAUGGAAGAAAAAAAAAAUGACACGAAUGAAAAGCAAGAGAAUGUUUUGACAUAUCCUCACCAACCUUCGAUGACAGUUUAUAUUUUGUUGACAACUGCAGUAUCAAUUAUUAUCAUCGGUGUUUCCGUACGACUGAUUUAUAAAGAUAGUUAUCUAAAAGCUUUCAUGGAUAACUUGACAACUUUUGUUGUAUGUUUUAUUAUGCUGACCCUAGGAUCUUUAAUGCUACGUAUGAUAAGUUUUCUUGCAGAGUUGGAAUAUUUAAAAACUUACCAUGACAAUCAAGUGAAGAAGAUAUUUACUAAUACAUUCGAAUUUAAUAUUACCUCAAUAGUCUUUUCCGUUUUUUGUUGUUUAUAUAUUUUGAUGUUUGCUAUAAGAAAAGGUGAUAUUCUGAGUUAUACUCGUGCCUUGGAUUCGACGUCAAAUAUUUUGAUGAUUUUAUUGUCUAUUAUUGUGAGCCAAAGUAUUGGGUUGUUUCGGUGUAAACUCAACUCUAUUUACACAUCCAGUGCAGAUGAAGGAAUGGAAGUUUAUGAAAGUAAUCAAAGUACAUCGGACGUUCAAAUAACCAUUCCUGUAAAAAAACUUUUUAUCUUGAUACCAGAAUCUGGACAUAUUCCUCCAGACCUUAAAGAUGCCUCUAACUAUUGGCUGGAGAGUACGACGAGUCUUGAGAAUGAAGUUCGAGACCGAGCUGGCGUUAAAAAACGUAUUUAUCGUAAUACUGUCUAUAAAAUACACCCUGGAGGUGAAGGAAAUAAACGUAAGCCUGUUUACAUUGUUGUUGAAGGAGCAACUCCAGUUUUAACGUUUUAUGAAGUAUUACAACACGCUCAUAAACAUACCGAUACAUAUAAAAAUUAUCAACACCAGAUAAUUGCUGCCUUCUAUAAAACUCUUCAAGAUUUGUUGAAUGAAAAUGCUGAAUCUCGUGAUACUUGUGAAUUAGUUUAUUUUAAAGAUUAUGACGAUGAUGGUAAGAGAGUUAAUAUCGGAGAAAUUUUAUUGGAAAGAAUUCGGAAAGAAGCUCCGAAUUGCUGUUAA